CGUUCUCAUUCUCUUGUUCCCUCUUCCAACUCUGUUUUUUCUUCUUCUCCUCUUUGCUUCUCCUCCUCCUCCUCUUCCUCUUCCACACACGCAUACAGAUGCACACACACAUUUUCUCUCUCUCUCUCUCUCUCUCUCUCUCUCUUUCUCUCUCUCUCCCUCUCCCUCUCCUCAUAUCCACCGGCAACUGAGCAGGCUCCCUCACCAAGCCCGUGGAUCCCUUCACUUGACUAAUUAGCCUUGAAGUGCUGUUGAAGAUCAUCAUAUUUAGCUUAGUGACCUAGCGGCAGAGUGCAGACAGAUAUAGACUUGGCUGGCUGGAGGCAGAGUGCCUGGCAGCGGGCAAGCUCUCUAUCUCUCUCUAUUCACACUCACCGCCGAGGGCUUCUCAGUGGCGGAGCGGCGGAAGUGAGGGGCGUUUUUGCUUUGAAAGAGACGAGAAGGGGAAAAGAGAAAGAAGCGGAGCUGAGACCACAACAAAACCUCAGAAUGGAAGUCCGCUGCAGGAGCAAAACCUCCUAGAGACAGAAACUGUGAGGUGGCAGCCGUUACUUUGCAGCAGCAUUGCUUCCAACAAGAAGACAUAGAAGAUGAUGGACAGUCGCCUGUCAGCACAGGAGAGGACAAUGAGGAACCUUCCUGCAGACAGAGGCUUUCAGAAAACCAGCACCUACAUCGUGCCCUGCUUCCUCUUUGUGGAGCUGGUCAUCAUGGCAGGGACCGUUCUGUUGGCGUACUACUUUGAGUACACAGACACAUUCCCCGUGCACAUCCAGGGCUUCUUCUGCUUUGACAAAGCUUACUCCAAGCCGUACCCAGGACCAGAAGAAAACAGCAAGGCUCCACCUGUCCUCGUCUACUCUCUCGUCACCGCCAUACCCACUGUGACGAUUCUUAUCGGGGAGGUGACCAGUUUUUUUGUGAAGACAGAAGGCGCUCAGGAGAAGACCAUAGUGACGGCUGACUGCUGUUACUUCAACCCUCUCCUCCGUAGGAUCGUACGUUUUCUGGGUGUAUACUCUUUCGGCCUCUUUACCACCACCAUCUUCGCCAAUGCUGGUCAGGUGGUGACAGGAAACCAGACGCCUCAUUUCCUAUCUGCCUGUAAGCCAAACUACACAGCUCUGGGCUGCCAGUCUCCCCUGCAGUACAUCGCAGAGCACCGAGCCUGCACAGGAAACCCAUAUCUGGUGGUGUCCGCCCGCAAAUCCUUCCCCUCCAAAGAUGCAGCGCUCAGCUUCUACUCAGCCAUCUACACGGUGAUGUAUGUGACUCUGGUGUUCAGGACAAAAGGGACCCGCCUGAUGAAGCCCACAUUAUGCUUGGUGCUGCUGUCUCUGGCUGUGCUGGUUGGGGUGGUGAGGGUGACUGAACACAGGAACCACUGGAACGAUGUUCUGGCUGGAUUCGUAACGGGUGGUGCCAUUGCUGCCUUUCUGGUGUCAUGUGUGAUCAACAAUUUCAGGCCAACCCAGAUAGCAGCGCCAACUCCUCCACCUCCACAGCGCUCAGAGCCCCCCGUUGGGCUGCCUCUUCUCAGCCUGCCCCGCGUGGAGAGUCCACUUGAAAAGUUAAGUGGCCUCCAGGCUCCAGGGCUACCGUAUUCUGAGAUCACAUGACCAUCAGCCAAUCCCGUCCCCCGCCCCUCCCGAUGUGCUCCUCCCCUCACGACGUUGCCUCACCAGCGCAGUCUAGACCUGCCCACUGAGUGCCCCCCGCCCUGCCUCGCCCACCCUGAAGGACGAAAGCCUCUCAGACGAGUCAAAUCCACCCAGGUCUGAAGGUCCACCCGUCACAUGAGACAAACCAGCAAAAAUCACACACGGCGAGCCUGGCCAAAAUUCGCCAUCUGCUAAGGACCAGACGGAGACAGAGACCUGCCCUCCUUACCUUGCACUGUCCUGUUUGUCAUCCACGGUGGCCUACCUUCUCCUUUGGGUGAAAAAGACCCAUUCCAUGACUCGCCAAAGCCAGAGCUGUUAAAGCAAUACUGUUUCCUGCUUUCUUGUCCAGUUUUUCCACAAAGACUAUAAAGACUGUUGGCUGGUGAUGACUUGAUAUUUCAAAAACAACAAAAAAAAACCAAGUAAAAAAACAACUCAGCAGCGCUGAGGGUUUGGGGAUAGAAGAAAAUCCCGGGCACAAGUGAAUUGCCCUCAAGACCAUUUUAUAACACUCAGGAUGAUUAAAUAGAAACAAGCAGAGGACAGGAAUAAGAACAAAGACCUUUAUAAUAAGAAUACAGGUACCAUCGAGAGUAUUAACCUUUUCUUUUGUCCUCAAAGUCAAUAAGAGAUGCUGUCAAAGAGAAAGCACUUUUGUAAAUUAUAGCACAGAUGAACCAACUCAGUGUUCACGAAACUGUGUUGUAUCCUAUUUUCUUUUAUUUUAUAUUGUGUGACGUGAUAGAAGAGAGAUUUAUACACACUACAGCUGUGCUCGUGAUGCCACAUGUGUUUUGUGGCAUCAUUUAAUUCAUCCUCGAAGUGAACAGCAUUUGAUUUUCACCAACUUUCCAAAUAUCCUUAUUCCUUUCUAUUCAGGUGUGUGUUCUAAAUGUACUGUAGGAUUAAUCUCCAUCCUGUGAAACAUUAUGGAGAGCUCUGUGAUUCGACAUACUGCCUGUUCCAAUGUGAAAGUCUGUAAAAACAAAUCCCUUUUGUCUGUUUCCCUCGCCCCCUUUUUUAACACUUCCAUGCAUCGUCUUUUAUUCCAGAGUACAUUUAUCUAAAUACUGGACACCUGUAUGAUGUUUCCUACAUUUAUAUCAGCUGGUGUUUCCAAAACUAGUCUGUAAUAAGAGUGGUUAUGACAUCAGUUUGCUGCAGUUCAUGCAUCUGUCCUGUCUAGUUGUUCCUAGCUCCAUCAGUGUUUCCUCUCACCGAUUCUCUAACAGUGAUGGCACAGACCAGUGUGUAAGACAGAGGUAAGCCCUCUGAGCUGUGUAUAGUUUUGUACAGUAUAUAGGUUUUUUUACACAGUAUAUACCGCAUUAUGUUUUAUUGUGUGAAAAAUGUGAAGCUACCUGAAGCUGUCUUGUACGAACAUGAGUAGUAGCCUGAUCUAAAGCAGGAAUGUAGCGCAGUGGAGAAGUGUGUGAAAUCUAAGAGCAUAAAAUUGGGGUGUUUGGCUCACAACUUGCUUGCUUCUGCUCAGUUCAAAAGGACACUCCAGGGAGGGUAUACUACUCUACACACUGGGUUAUAUAAAGAAGACGUUGUUAAGGUUUUAUUAAGCGUGUGUGCGCGUGCGUGCGUGUGCAUAUUUGUGUGUAUGUUUAUAAUGAGCACAUUGUAUGGCAGCAUAACUGUUAAUUUGGCAAUCUGUUUUCUUAAGUUAAACUGUCAAAAGUAGCUGCUAUAAUUACACACUUGUGCAUGUGUGUAACUGCAGGCCUUCGAAGGACCCCUGCCAAGGCUUCUUAACAAUGCCUGUUAUAGCAGGUGCUCAUUAUAGCUCUGUGAUUACCUACGGUGAAACUUUUCAGUCUGAAUUUUUUUUGUAAAUAACUGAAGAGAUAGAGAAUACCAUAACUGUCUAAAUAAUGUUAUUUUCAUGUUGAAAUGUCACUGUUUUGUAUUUAUUUACCAAAAUAAAUCACAAU